AUGUCUCAAAACCAACCCAACCCCUUCCACUCCUCACGCCUCAUCUACCGCGCCCUCGAAUCCACCGACGAACCCUUCAUCCACACCCUCGAGUCCGAACCCCAAGGCUUCAUCAACUCUCAACUCGCGCUCAAAAAACCGCAAUCCACACGGGAAACCAAAAAGCACUUCGAGCACUACACCGAGAAAUGCAUCCUCGGCUGCGCCAUCUGUCUUCCCGGCGAAGGCGAAAACGACGCACCCAAACCCAUCGGCGUCAUCUGCCUCGAACCCCUGGAGCCGGAAAACGCCCACCACCGGCACACAGACAUGGGUCUCGGACUGCUGCCCGAUUACCAGGGAAAGGGCUACGGGAGUGAAGCGAUCGAGUGGGCGCUACAAUGGGCGUUUCUCGACGCAGGCUUGCAUCGUGUGGGUAUUAAAGCGUUCCAGUAUAAUACCGGAGCGAGGAAGCUUUACGAGAAGUUGGGGUUUAAGCUUGAGGGGACGGCGAGGGAGAUUUGGUGGCAUGCGGGACGGUGGUGGGAUGAUGUGCAGUUUGGGAUGUUGGAGAAGGAGUGGCGGGAGCGGAGGGAGGGGAGGGUGGAGUGA